AUGGACAGAGAUUCUGAAGGAAAAAUACAAGAGAAAGAUAAUUCGAACAAUACGAUUCUGAUACAACAUUGGUAUGUUAAUAACACACUAUCACUCGUUGAUGCUCCAUUUUCUUUAUCAUUUAUCAUUGAUGCAAUUCAAUUAACUUUACAAAAUAUAUCACAAGAAAAAUUGGAUCAACUUAAACAAGAAAUAUUAGAAGGCGAAAAAAAUCAAUCAAUGGUAGUAGAUGUUGAACAAGAAAAAAAAAUAUCCAAAUCACCAAAUUUUCCUUCUGUUGUUGAUAUGGCAAAAGAUGGAUCAGAACCUAACAAAUUAGACAAUUUUGAUUAUGAAGAUGAGAAAAUGGAUUAUCCGGUCGAAGAGAAAAACAUUAAAUUAGACACAGAAGAAAAAAUUAUUAAAUCAGAUGAAGCAACAUACCAAUAUAUACUCCCGCCACCAUCAACAUUAUCAGAAGAGGAAUCACACAAUUUUGUCAAAAUGGCACUUAAGAAUAUGUUAGAAGUUGAAGGGGUAAUACCUGCAGAUGCAAAGAGUAACAAACGAUCUAGUAUAGUCUCGACGACUUUGUCUAGUGGUAAAAGAUUUACAAAGUCGCAAUUACACGUGAUGACUUCACGAUUGUUGACAAGAGGUCUUGAAACUUCAAUGGAACGAAGGGAAAAUCUUGAUGAGUUAAGAGAUAUGAAAUUACAAUAUAUCGUUGAAGAUUUUAAAAACAGAAUGGACUAUGCUUUAACAUGGCUUGAUGAAGAAUGGUACCAUGAUUCCAUAAUGCAAAAUGAAAACUCUUCAUAUGAGCCAAAUUAUACUAAAUGGUUAAAUAGAUUAUUAGACAGAAUCAUGCCUGCCCUUGAAGAUCAUACUUUUACACAAUUUAUACUAGAUAUACCAGAAAUAUUCGAAGAUGUAGUUAAUAGAAUUAAAAUAUUUUGCAAUGAUCCUGACAGAAUGUCACUUGGAUUUUCAACCUUGAGUGAAUUGGUUAACUUAAGACCACCUGCAAGAAAUUUUUGUUUGAAAAUAUUACUGGCUUAUUGUCUCUACAAAGAUGAUAAGAUACGUGGACAUGCAAUAAUGGUUACAAAUAAAUGGUAUCCUACACAUGUUAGCAUUUCUAGAAAAAUAGAGACAUUUGCAUUAGAAUCAUUAAGGCAACUUUGUAAUGAAACACCACCACCAAUUUUUGAUUUUCAUUAUCAUUUUAAAGAAAACUUAUACAAAGAAUUAUUGAAUAUUUAUGUGAAUACAAAUGAAUCAGUGAAAAGUAUGAUUCGUAAAUACGCAUCAAAAUUAGUAGAGAUUAUAGGAUUGAAUGGGUUACUGGAAACUUUUCAGAAUUUCCCAGAUGGUACACAAGAUUUAGUAUUAAGAAUGCUGAUUGUAUAUACAAACAAUAACGUACUACCGCCUAAAUUGGUCAGUACUGUGAAGGAAGUAAUUGCUGAAAGGGAUUUGGAUGGACGAUUCCUUUUUCCAACAAUUGCAUAUUUUGAAAAGGAAGAUAUUUUAAAACAUCUUCCAAAAGUUUUAUUAACACUUGAUGCCAGUGAAAAACAACGUGAUCUUGUUAAAAAAGUUUUUCAUAAAAUUUUAACACCAUCUCAUGGUUCUACAAAUCCUACGAAUUCAACAGUGACCCCAAUAGAAUUACUAGUGGCAAUCCAUAAGAUGUCAGUUCCAUUAAAACAAUUGGCUGAAGGAAUACAUAUUUGUUUUUUAUUACCAACUAUUUUUACAUCUCAAGUUUUAGCAGCAGUACUACAUAAUUUAUCAAUAAUGUCUGAAAUGCCUACUUUAUUUAUGAGAACUACUAUUUCAAGUUUUGUGAAUGAAUUAUUGAUACGUCAUAUUAAUCAAAUAUGGGAUAAUGACAUGUUACGUAAAGGGUUUAUUUUAUAUUGUGCAGAGUUUUGUCUUAAGAUACAAUCAAAUAAUUUUUCAUUUUUAUUAGCAUUACCAAAAGCUCAUAUAAUAGAAGUAUUAUCACAACAAGAUCCAAAAUUAAAAAAUUCACUAAAAGAAUAUAUUAAGAGUAUUAAAAAAAUUACCAUUUAG